AAAUCAGAAAUCGCCAGUAUAAUAUUCACAUAAAACCUAAAUACGUGCAUACUUAUUGAUAAAUUAAGAGAAAACAAUGUUGGGACGAAGAUUGCUGAAAAUAGUAAAUUGCAAUUUGAAUACAAAUUUUUACAGAGACUUUAGUUCCGAGGUGGUUGAUAUCAAUAAAAUACAUAAAAGAUUUUGUAAUAAAGGUCUGAAAACUCCAAGAAUUCUCAUUACUGGUGGCCUUGGCCAAUUGGGCACAGAAUGCGCCAAGUUAUUACGUAAAAGUUAUGGCGAGGAGAACGUUAUUCUAUCUGAUAUCAUAAAACCCACGGAUAAUGGUUUGACGAACGGGCCUUUCAUUUUUGCUGAUAUUCUUGAUUUCAAAGGACUGCAAAAGAUUAUUGUCAACUACAGAAUUGACUGGUUGAUACACUUUAGUGCGUUGCUGAGCGCUGUUGGUGAACAAAAUGUUCCUCUCGCUGUUAGAGUCAAUAUAGAAGGUAUGCAUAAUGUUAUCGAGCUGGCAAGACAAUACAAUCUUCGUAUUUUCGUGCCAUCAACGAUCGGUGCAUUUGGUCCCGAUUCUCCACGAAAUCCAACGCCAAACAUAACGAUUCAACGUCCACGCACUAUUUAUGGUGUCAGCAAAGUCCACGCUGAGCUCCUUGGUGAAUACUACCACCAUAAGUUUGGACUUGAUUUUCGAUGUCUCCGCUUCCCCGGGGUUAUCAGCAGCGAUCCACCAGGUGGUGGAACAACUGAUUAUGCUGUCGCCGUAUUUCAUGAAGGCUUGCUGCGUAAACGAUACAAGUGUUACUUGGAACCGCACACGAGACUACCGAUGAUGUAUAUCGACGAUUGUCUUGCAGCUCUUUUCCAGUUUCUUAAUGCUCCGAAUGAGCGACUUCGGAGGCGCGUUUAUAAUGUUACUGCUAUGAGUUUCACACCCGAAGAGCUGUUUAAUGAAAUCAAAAAGCAUAUUCCUGAUCUGCAUGUUUCUUAUAAACCAGACAGUCGUCAAAACAUAGCAAAUACAUGGCCACAGGUAUUUGAUGACAGCGAAGCCCGAAAAGAUUGGAACUGGACGCAUGAAUUUAAUCUCGAGAAAAUGGUGAUAAGUAUGAUUCAAGAUGUUAGUGAAAAUUUUAUUCCAAAAUAUCAACAUUUAUCUGAAGUCAGCAGUUAUGUCUAAAAUAUGCGAACAAAUCCUUAUAAACUCUACACAUACUUUUAAAGUGU